GAUGUCUAUGCUCAAGAUGUUAAAGAUCAUUGGUAUCUAUGUGCUUUUUGGACUUAGCUUUGAAACACAGCAGAUUGAAGGUGUUAUGAAUGUAACGGCAGUGAAAGGCUAUGAAGCUAUCCUGCAAUGUGAAGCUCCUGGUAAAAGUUCCAACAAACCAGUACAAUUUCAGGUGAAUAAGGAGGAUAACAACACAAUGAUUGCAAUCUACAAUCCACCAGUGAACAAAAUACUUAAUUCUUCAUACAAACUGAGAGCAACAUUGGAAGUCACCGAAAACAGUGUCACCAUUAUUAUUAAAGAAGCUCAGGAAUCUGACAAAGGCUGGUAUUCCUGCCAAGUUCACAGUUUUCCAGGAGGAAAAGUAGUGCAGAAAAUCUAUUUGGAUAUAAAAGAUGAUAAAGAUAUAUGGAAUCAUCUUCAUAUGACAUCUUUAAUAACCUACCUCUCAGUAUCAAUUGCUGGAGCUGUAGCUGUAGCUGUGAUACUUGCUAUGGUGAUAUGGAAAGUCAAGAAAAAAACAUUGCCAAAAAAUAAGCAAAUACCAUACAAUGAUGACCCAAUCUAUGCAAAUUGUGAUUACACACCACAUAAAAUUGCUAGAUAUGGGAAUUAUACCAGAAAAUUGGAAAACAGCAAAUGUGAUGCCACGAAAGAAAGAAGGGACAAAUCUACUAUCUACAGACCUGUGAGUAUAAUAGGUGGCAAAUUACUGGAACCGAUCAUCAGGGACAUACUAACUGAGCAUCUGGAUAAAUUUGCACAAAGAAGGGAGAAUCAGCAUGGUUUGUAAAAUGUAGAUCACGCCUGGCAAACCUAAUAGAUAUAUUUGACCGAACCACAGAGUUUUUUGCCAGACCCACAGAUGUACGAAAUAAAAGAGGAUUGAUGAAUAUCAUUAUAUGAAUUUUCAGAAGGCCUUAAAAUGCCUUGUAUGAGAUUACUAGCAAGAAU